AGAGUUGGGAGAGGAGGUGCAAACACCGACAUUGCUAUAGAAACCAAAUGCACAAGAAAAGCACAACCAUCAAAACCUCGGCAGAACAGUACAGCCGGGGAAGAAACGCCUCACUACUAGUACGGCCUCGACAUCACUGUUAUUGGUAUGUUAUCCGCUGUUCUCGGUUUCUCCAGUAAUAAAGGCUUUGUGAUCAAUUAUUUAGGUUGACCAUCUUUAUAAAUUUGGUGGAUCUAUCGCAGAGCUUUCAGACCCAGUCGAUUUGGCAAUGCAUUGCAAACGAGUACACAUGUUUACCCGAUAGCUUGCCCGUCAUUUAAUGUGCUCGAAGUUAAAAUCGGUGUAAGCGGAGGACACGUGGGCCGCGGAGGCUGCUGCGGAAUGGCCCUCGCGCUUAGAGAGACGCCUGGCACCAGGAUGCAGAGCAAACGGAGCGCGUGGACCCCGCUUAACCACGGCCCGUCCAAUAGCCGGAUGUUUGAAGAGAGACGAAAUCUCCUUGGCAAGUGGUUUGAUAAGUGGACAGACAGCCAGAGGAAGCAGGUGCUACAGGACUGUCUUGCGCGGUGCUCUGUAGGCCAGCUGAAGCACCUGCGACAGACCCUGUGCAGGCUGGUGUCCGAGGAAGCUUUGGACUUCACCGUCGUCCUUCCCAGGGUCCUAGCUCUCUACAUCUUCUCCUUCCUGGACCCCAGAAGCCUCUGUAGAUGUGCGCAGGUCAGCUGGCGCUGGAAGAGUCUGGUGGAGUUGGAGCAGCUGUGGAUGCCUAAAUGCCUGAGGCUGGGUUGGUGCAUAAGCUUUGCGCCCACACCGUUUGAGCAGGGUGUGUGGAAGAGGCACUAUGUAGAGACGGUGCAGGGGCUCCAUGUCGGCAGGCCCAAGGCACCUGCAUGCGAAGAGUUCCUAGUUCCUGAGGUGAAAGUGAUUGGAAGUGAGAUGCAGGAGAUGACUGCAGAGAUUGGCUACCAAGAACCAAAGUCCGGCCCCCUGCGUGGGAGGAGUUCCGUAGGGCGUGGCGUAACGACUUCUGCGAAAGGGCUUCCACCGUGGAGAGACUCAGCCCGGCACCCCACAGACACAAUACGCUUCAACUACUUAGAAAACCUCGACCCAGUAGAGCAUGCAAGACAAGGACAAGCAUGCCUAAAGAAGUCCGUGUCUGCCUCCUCAUACAAACUGCGGCAGGCCAAAUCCUUGAUGCUCCUGGACCCCGGGGCAGACGGGAAAAGAAGGCAGGGCAGGCCACAGUGGGCAGCGCGCAGCUUAGCACCAUUCUCAGCCGGCCAGGGUCUGGAAAAACGGCUCGGCUCAAGCCAGUGGAAUGCUGGGAUACGGCCAAGUCCAGUAACGGCUCCGGUGCCUAGGCUGAGUAAGGCGGGACUCCGUGCGUUGCUAAGAUCCCAGAGGAGCACACCAACUGCCCUGGUUGAAGAACAGCCCUGGAGGAGAACAGCCACGGAUGAAGCCUGACAUAUGGUGCCAUCUGUUGGACAAUAUUUGAACUACAAAAUCUGCUAUUCGGGAGGCUUCAUUUGGAUGUUGCGUCAUACAUAUUUAAGAAUUAUUGCAGGUAAACAUAGCAACAAAUGUAACGAUAUUAUCUUUAUUAUAAUUAUUUUUAUAAUACUUUUAUCUAAUUAGUAAAUUAAUAAUUACAUGUUGAAUAACAGAAAUGUAUGAAAGCUACAGAAAUGUGCUAGACUUAAUAUUAAUAUCAUUAUGUCUCCUAAAUAAUGUGUUACUUUUAAGGAAGAAAUAUGCCUGUAAUUCUUAAGGUUUUAUGUUCUUGAAUUGACAGUAUAUUUUAUGGCCACUAGAUGGCACUGUCGAUCUUAUAAAAAGCUGUAAAAUCUCUUUAAAAAAUAUCUAUUUUCCCACAGUUCACUGAUAUUGAACUAGUGUGUGUAUGGCUUAUGUCUGCUAAAAACAAAUUGCAUUUUUUUUCACAGUUUAUUUAUAUUUUCCGCUUUAUUAGAACAUUUUAAGAAUUUAAUGUUUUAAAGUAUAGCUACACGGACCUAAGAGCAGGAAACCUGUUGAUACUGAAACAUAAUUUACAAUCUAAAAAUACUUUAAAUACAUAAUUUUACAUAAGAGAUUUGCUUACUGUUAUGAAAAAUUUUCAGUAUAUUGUAAUGUUUUGCCAUCGUAAUCUCGUUACAUUUGGCAUAAAUAAAUAUAUAGUAAAUAAAUUAUUUACCGAUAUUUCACAACGACAGCAAAGUUAUUCUACAACAUUUUUUGUUAUCAAAUUUAGGCGGUUAGUUCAAUUUUUACAAGCCACCGUAGGCACUUAUACUUUGAAAAUUACCCGCAUAGCAGCUCUUUUUU